GUUCAAUCUAUUGUCAUAUGCUUACGUUUGCUAGUUUGUGUUGUUUGCGUGUAUAUAGGUAGUUUGAAUUUUAAUAGUGCCAGUUUGGUAUUAUUGUUUUUAAGAACUGAAUAAAAUUAGUUCGUAUGUAAGAAUUCUUAGAAGCACCAGUGGGAUCUGUAUGUCCACCUUAUGGACUUACGUCAACGGUACACUAUGCAUGACCUCAUAUCGAUAUGAAACAGAGAAUUGCACGGACCGGGAAGGUACGAACAAACUGGCAUCGGCACGACUACAGCGACCCGCUGGCGGACGAGAAAAAAGUUCAAGCUGGAACUCAUGUCUUUAUUCAAGAGCUCAAAAAUCGACCGUUUCGCAGUGGACUAGAUGUCACAACGUGCUUGUCGGCCAGCGAGCUAACACUAGCUUAUCUGGAGAAAACGUCAUUUAUGAAUCCAUUACUUAUUGCGGACAAAGAGGGCCUCGGUCUUAUGUUGCCGCCGCCUGAUCUAUCGGUUGGCGAUGUAGUCGAUUUUAUUGGACCGGACUACCUUGUUGACGUAAUUGAUGUUCUUAAACAAGAGUCCAUCAAAAUGACGCUUGCAGAGUUCGCCGAUUAUUACACCUCAUACAACCGAACAAAAGUUUUUAAUGUCGUCUCGUUAGAAUUCAGUGAUACGAGACUAUCCGACUUCGUACGCCCACCUUCACUUGUAUCUCAAAUCAGUUGGGUAGAACAAUGUUGGCCGCGAUCGCUUGCAUCCGUGGGUGACCACCGAAGACCUGCUGUGAUGAAGUACUGUCUCAUGGGCACAGAGAAUAGUUACACUGACUUCCAUAUUGAUUUUGGGGGCAGCUCGGUGUGGUAUCACGUACUUCGGGGAGAAAAAGUAUUCUACUUAAUUCGUCCAACAGAGGAAAACUUAAUCAAGUACGAACGCUGGAUGGCUGCAGCGGAUCAGAGCGAAAUAUUUCUCGCUGACGAAGUUGACUCCUGCUUUCGUCUGGCGCUACGUGCAGGGGAAACUCUAUUUAUUCCGACGGGAUGGAUUCACGCUGUUCUCACGACGACUGAUUCAAUGGUUUUUGGUGGGAACUUCCUUCACUCGUACAAUAUCGGUCUGCAACUGAGUGUCUACGAAAUGGAACAACGACUUAAUUGUCCAUCAAAGUUCAUGUUUCCAUCGUUCGAAACUACGAACUGGUUUGCUGCUGCCCGCGUUAUUGAACAGCUCCGCCAGAGUGUUCGACCAGCUCCGUUUCUCGUCAACGGAGCGAAGGCUCUUUUAGGCGAACUGCGUCGCUGGGCCAGCGAAGCUCAACAACCUGGCGGGCAAAAUCGUGCGGAAGCAAUUCCUGCUCAAGUUAACGUCCCACUUAUCGCUAAGGAGCUCGCAAAAGAAGUGAAAAACUCCGAAAAAAAAUGGGGCAAAAAGAAAGGCAAGAGAGACUUUUUCGGUGGAGGUACACUCCACUCACCCCAAUCACAAGCUCUUCGCGUAAAAUUAAAAAAUCUCACUGCAAUCGACACAGGAAUGUACGAUUUCUCGUCAUCGGACGAUGAUAGUGGUGGCCUUAUAAUAGGCGGGGAGGAUCGAGGCACCUCAUUAGCCGCGUCGCUCCCAUCAAUUUCGUCAUUUAACAAUUACCAGAAAAGACAGAAUAAAAAAAAGGAGAUUAAGGAAAAAAUGGCAGCAUCACCAAGUAAUCCGAGUUCUAAAAAGGCUUCUGGUACUGCGAGUUCCAAGCCAGUAAAAUCUUCGAAAGUCGUCAAAGUGCCCAAGCCCCCAAAAGUGCCUGCGGCUAAAACGGCUAAGACUACUAAGGCUCCGAAGGCUGCGAAGGUUCCAAAAGCUACCAAGGUUCCCCCUAUUUCGAGAGCUUCACAAAUUCUAAAGGAAUUUCCUGUAAAAGGAACGAAAGCAGAUUCAAAGCCGACUCUAACUAAGACAACUUCAACUAAAGCGACGUCAGUGUCUCCCUCCAAACCUCUAUCAGUAAAAGUGACACCACCUAAAUCAGCAUCGGUUAAAGGAAGUCCACCAAAAAUGACUCCGAUUAAAACUACAGCAGUUAGCCCGAAGGCCUCGAGGAAUUCUAAAAGCCCCAAGAAAAUCAAAGCUGAACCCAAAGGCGGCCUGAAACUCCGCUUGUCAAUUGGUGGCAAUGCUCCUUCAAUCGAUAACAGCAGCGCAUUCGAUAUAGAGAAUAUUAUCGACCUGGUGGCUUCAGGAGGACUUGGAGGGCUGGAUGAUGAGGACCAACAAUUUCAGCAGCAACAUCAACAACAGCGACACCAGUCACCAUCUUUACCAGAACAACAGCAGAGACAGCAAAAAGCAAAAAAGCCACGUUCGCCUGCAAAAAAUCCAGUCGGUCCUGGGAGUCCAGGAGGUCCCGUUGGACCACCUGGGUUUCCUGCAGGUGUCGUACCACCAAAGAAGCCACGGAAAAAACGGCCAACUUCUGAUGCAGUUUUUGAUACACAGGCGGCUGCAGCUCGGGCAGCUGCAUUGGCCGACGAGGUCAUUGCUGCCGUUGCCGCUGAGGUUGAGGUCGAGGGGGGAAUAAGUGAUGAUGACGCCGACCCUUCAACGGCAGAUCCUCACCGACUUACCGUUGUGAUUCCUGGUGAAAACGAAGAGGAGAUCGAUGCGAUAACAGGAUCUCCGCAACAUGAGCAAGAUGCGAUUCAAGGUAUGUUGAGUAUGUCUGGAACAUACUCGUUUGCGGCUACUGCUAGUGAUGAGAUCAAACGUAGUAAAACGGCUGGAAACUUAGAACGGUUGAAGCAGCGACUCGCUGCCAAACGAGGCAUUUUAUCCCCUGGGCGCCCCGGUCAACCAGAACGACGCGGUGGGGUCGGGGGUUUGAUGGGCCACCAACGGGAUGAGGAAGACGAGUUUGAACGAGCACUCAGGAAUUGCAGACAAGACGACGAUUUCAUAUACCUCGGCAUCGACGCCAAUGAUGAUGACUGGAAAUCAAUGAAAAAGCGUGCAAAAAGUAGUGGUGGUCGUAUUAGCACUAGCGGUACCGACCAGACGUGGAACCCCAAAGGCGUGUCUCUGAAAGGGGUUACUAAAGGUGAACAGCGGCCUCAAAGAGAAGGCGUCAAACGCGAAGUAAUGGAAAGUACUUUGGCGGAAAGUACGAAAUUCGAUCCAGCCCUAGAAUCAGGCCCAGAUGAGGACCAGGUUAAGGCUCCGAAAGUCAAAGGCCCACCUCGUGAAAAGAAGGACCCCGUAUCUAAAAUGGUUAAGUCUAAGAAGGAAGUUGUUCAGAAGGUCUCAACGGAACCAAAAAUUCGACGACCCGGAAAGAAAGGAAUGGCGACGGCUAAGCAACGUUUAGGCAAGAUACUUAAGAUCCACCGAAUGUACCAUUAAGAGGACGACGGCAAGGUAGAAUGCAAAAACUUUGUUGCUUAAUGUAUUGCCAACGGUGUCUGCCUUCGUUUAGCGCUUCGCAUGACCCGUUCAGUGAACCGACAAAUGGCACAAAUGAGAAUCCAGUUGAGAGAUAAUAAAUUCUCUCAACUGGAUAGAAGAUACGAGCCAAUAAUCAGCCCUAAUGGGCAGGCCCGUAAAAACUCGACUUUCCUUUAAAACUCCACCGUCUGCUGGUCUGUCACGUCUUAUAGUGGUUACAAGGUGAUCCGAGAUCACUUGUGUCCAUUACGCGUCCCUGUAUUUACUCGCUUUAUUGAAUCGUCUUGAUAUUGCGGUGAUUUCACUGAAGUGCCCUAUCAUGUUUGCUACGUCAGUUCAUUGUCAUUAUUACCAUUAUAUUACAUUAAAGACUUUUUGCACAUCAUUUGCAGUAUGGCUGGGAGAAGCGAAAGUGAACGUACCAGCUGUGGCCCACAUCAUUAAUCUGUACUGUAAAUUACAGUGACCUACGUAGGAUAAAUAAAUUUUUUAAUUAAUCUUUUUUUUAUCGUACGAUCACGUCCAUUCUAAGCUAUUUACACGCAUCAUAUGUAGGUAGAUCUCUAUGCGUCUUCGGACCCAUUACAUUUAUGGGAUUGAUUAUCAAUUCUGUUGUCUGGUGCUCAUGUCUUAUGCACCGUUGCAUCAUACAGCUUAUUUAUAUUUGUUCUUUAUAAGGAGACAGGCUGUGGAACUAUUUAUGCACGAUCGUAAAUAUUUACUUGGUAUUAGCGUUUUGGUAAAUUCAUCACUGUCAUAUGUGGAAUAACCCAUCAAUCAUCGUGUAUUUAGGAUGCAAUUUUAUAACUGUCACCACUACGCCAACCACAAUAUGUAUUUACAAUGUAUUCAGUUUAGCAGUGGUAAAAUCCUUAGUUUUAUAACCGGAGGAUUAUAACUGAGCAUCGCGUUCAAAUAUAUAUAUAUGCCUCAUAUCAAUUGUACUUAUGAUAGAAAAACGCUGUGUAUGAAGAACACCUUGUUUGCUUUAUGUAGUGCUCCUUCGGAAAAUGUAACAUUUUGUUAGUAUAAACCUCAUUUGAGUGAAGAGCACUUCCGUUUUUCCAAAUGUUUGAUCGGCGGCUACAGCAUUAUCUGCUGUGAUCAUCAUCAUUGUUAGCCAUUCAAUAAGAAUGUUGUCGGAACGUUGUGAAUUGUUUUGUCUAAUAUCUGCUUACUAUGUAAACCUAUUUAUCCUAAUGGCACGCACGUGAUAAGCUCAAAUCAACGUUCGUUUUGUCGUUUUCUCCAUACAGAGAAAAUUUGAGAAUAUAGAGAUAUGGCGAGGAAAGAAUUGGAAAAUGACUAAUAAGAAUGUGUAGUAGGAUGCCAGAAAUAAAAUAGAAUUAUGAGCAUUGUAUAUACCCAUUUAAAACAUUUAGGAUGAUGAAUUACAUUGUAUACCAUUCAGCAGCAGUAUAUGCGCCACAAAUAAGCUAGGUUUCUUCUAGCGGUACUAUUAUUGUAGUCGUCAUCAUCGUAUUACGAUUAAUAGUACUCAUCGGGACACCAAUAUUGCUGCGCGGGGGGCUUUCUUAAACCCUCAUUAUCGACAGUGUCACAGUGUAUGCGUCACCAUAGUAGAAAGGUGACACUACGAAAAUCUGAACAUAUAAUAAAAGAUGUUAAUAAAACAAUAGUGUCCGCUAUUAUCGUGCGAUGCUAGUCUCUUUCAUACUCAUGUAGUUAUUGAGGAGCUAAUCCAGACUCCAGGCCUGAGCUGGUUAUCCAAGGUGUUGAACGUAUUCAAUUAAUCUUUUAAAAUAAUCAGGCCCUCGGUUAAACGCGUCUCUAGUUGAAGUGCUGGAUGGAGAAUUCGAAAUGUCUUAGAUUUUGUAGUUCAAAGAGACAGCGAAAUUGACCCCAUGAAGAUGACACAGUAAUAAUCCAAAACUUGACGCAGUGUAAUAAAAUCAUUAGACAGG